GAACAUACUAAAAUCUCAUAUAAAACAGAUGCAUUAAAAAUCUAUUAUCGACAUGUAUAAUAUCAAACGCACAUUGCAAUUGCAAAGUACCCCUAUAUAAAACGCAAACACCCACCCAAACCUACGUGUGAGUUUAGGCUUAUUCGAUGCAUAAUGCAUACCUUUAAGUUAUGUAUACGUGUUCAUAUAAUAACAUACCCGCACGCAUUCUAAACAGUCCGUUCCUACAAGGAAAAAAAUCCAUCACCUUUAUUGAAAAAUAACAUUCUCAUCCAAUGUCAUAUACAUCGGAAUAAUUUAUAGUCAAAGUGUUGUCAUUCGUGUGUGUUUGAUCUUUGCCAGGCAGUAAUGUAACUUGAACCACAUCUUAUAUCGAUAAGAAACGUUCAUUGGCGGUCUUUGAUCGCAUAUAUUACAAGGUCAUGGUCAUGACUUCUCAAUGUUUGUUUGUAUAAAACAAGCAGGUCUAACACGAAAGACAUCAAAUGUUUCUGAUGAACAUUGUAUAUCACAUGAGACUGUAGCACAGAGGACAGUUUCGACACAGAGUAAAAUAUCAUCUGAAGACGAAAAGUGUUGAUCAUGGAAUUUGGAGGACUUGAUGGAACAACCCUGGUAGUUUUGGUCGUGUUGCUGAUAAGCAUUGCGGGCCAUCGAUUCUUCCUCUGCAUGAUAGCAGCAUGGGGAGAACUGAAGAGGAUUAUGCAUAUUCGACGUACUCUUCCAGGUCCCAAACCUCACUGGUUGUUCGGCAAUGCCCUCCAAGAACCAGGACCACUGACUCCUGGGUUUGAGUGGCAUCGAAACAUGGCCAAGACCUAUCCAAAAAUCCAUGUCUUCUGGGCUGGUUGGAACCCAAUCGUUAAUCUGAAUCAUCCUGACUCUGUGAGGAAUGUCCUGAAUGGCAACACUGGAACCGUAAAAAAUUUUUGGGGUUAUAAUAUAUUUCACGAGUGGCUUGGUCAGAAUAUGCUCACAGCGGAUGGAAAUUCAUGGAAAAGACACCGGAGACUUAUUACGAACACUUUCCAUUUCAACGCUCUCAAGACAUACAUCCCCAGGAUAAAUCAGGUUGCGGAUACCUUGGUGUCUGUCAUUUCAAAAAGAAAUGAGGCGGGAAAGUCCCUUGAACUGCACAAAACAAUGUGUUCUUUUGCCAGUGACGUCACCCUUCAGUGUGUCUUUUCAUACAAGUCGGACUGUCAAGUUGGCGAGUCCGACUUCGUGAAUUCAAUCCACACUUUGGCAGAUAUUGUUACAAAAAGAGGCUUUAGCGCAGUCCUGUCUUACGAGUUCAUCUUCCGGAGGUCUUCACUUUACAAAGUAUGGAGAGAAGCAAUCAAUGUCGUCCAUACACUCAUCAAGAAGAUCAUCUCAGAUCGUAGAGAACAGCACAAAACAAGUGGAUCUACAAUGGAAUACAUCAAAGGAAUGGAUUUUCUCGACACAAUUAUGUUAGCAACAGAUUCUGAAGGAGGUCUUACCGAUGAAGAGAUAAGAGACGAGGCGAAUACAUUCUUGUUUGCUGGGAUCGACACGACGUCUAGCGCCCUCACUUGGCUUAUAUACUUGAUGGCUACCCAUCCAGAAUACCAGACCAAGGUUCAGGAAGAAGUUGAUGAACUCUUUAAGGAUCGUGAGAAUCGAGAGAUACAUAGUGAAGAUCUCCGCAACACUCCGUUUCUGAUGAAAUGCAUAAAGGAGAGUAAACGUAUGUAUUCGUUCAUAUGCCCAGGUCGUCUGCUAACCGAACCAUUGGUCAUCGAUGGUUAUACAAUCCCAACAGGUACUGUCGUCGCCAUGUUCACGUACCAACUCCAUCACAAUCCUGAUGUAUGGGGAGGCGAUCACAUGACAUUCAAACCAAGCCGCUUCGAUCGCGAGAACGUCGAGAGUCGAGAUUCAUUCGCUUUCAUUCCUUUCUCCGCUGGUGCGCGUAACUGCAUCGGCCAACAGUUCGCGCUUCAGGAGAUGCAAAUAGCAGCGAUUCGAAUCUUCGACAAGUUUGGCUUUACUUUGCUCCGUGACUCCAAAACAUUCUUUAAAAUAGUCAACGUGCCUCAAAAUGAAAUACUACUCGGCAUUCAUCCACGGAACGGCAAAUGACUCUGUGAAACUGGCUUUUUCUUUUUGACAAUUAACAAAAAUUGCUAUAGAAAGAG